AGGCCUCCAGGUCCGUCUGGACCCGGAUGGCCUCCAGGUCCGUCUGGACCCGGAGGCGGAGGUGCAUUACCCAAUGCACCCAGUCAUCCCAGUGCACCUGGAUCUGACCUGACCCCUCUGACGGUUCCGUACAAUCGUCCUCUUCCUGACGGACUUCGUGACAAAGUGCUCAUCACCAUUUGUGGAUCUGUGAAACCCAACGCUGACAAGAUCACAGUGGAUCUGUGUGCAGGUACCGACAUCGCCUUCCACUUUAACCCUCGCUUCAAUGAAUAUGGCCAAAAGGUGAUCGUCAGGAACACCCGCAUCAAGAACCAGUGGGGGAAAGAAGAGCGGCCGCUGCAGAACUUCCCCUUCGGCCCGGGAAAACCAUUCGAGAUUAAGAUCCUGUGCACCAACUCCGAAUAUAAGGUCGCCGUCAACAACUCUCACCUGCUGGAGUACAAACACCGGAUCCCCAACCUGAAAUCCAUCAACGCUCUCAAAAUCUACAAUGACGUCGACCUGACCAAGGUCGACAUAGAGAUGCUGCACUGAGGCAGAUCCAGAUCCACCACAGAUCUAAACUGGUCAUCUGUAGAUCUACAAGAGAUCAUACAAGAGACGAUCUACAUGAUCAUACAAGAGACCACCUGUAGAUCUAACAGAGAUCAUCUUCAAUUCAAGAUUCAAGAGAUUCAAGAGAUUC